AACAUUUUGAAAACGUAGCUUUUCGAACACGAUGACGUCACGAUAAUCAUGUGAUUUCUCUGCCCGAGUUGUUUCGUCUUCAAUUUCUCCGUCGUAGUGUGGACGGAAAACAUUUGAUGCAUUUCUAAAGUGACAACGUCGUUUUAAAAUUUCUCCGACUUUGUGUAGACGAGGCGUAAAAAAGCAUGCGAAUCAGUAAAUCGCCAUUGAAGAACAAGACCAUUGUCACAAAACGAGUAUUUCCUGUCAGAAUCGAUGACGUCAGUGGAGGGAAGUCGGCCGCCUUGAUCUGAAAACUAAGUCGAAAAACAACAGGACAGUAGAGCAUUUCAUCUGCAUUAAAUGCCACCGAAAAGUAUAUUCAUCGGUCCGAUCAGAAAAACGUAGUCAAGUCGCUCGGUGAAAUGUCUCUGCUGAGCGAUGGAGAGUUCUUUGGGUUGGGCACAAGCAUGGUAGUCCUGUUGACAGUGGGAUGUGCGUUCCAGGCGUUCACAUUGCUGGUUUUGAUGCAGCCGGCAUUUAAACAGUUCGAUCUGUCUCCAUAUUUCCUCAACAUCAUGAUUGCCAAUAGCGUGGUCGUAUUAGUGGAUUUUCCACCCACUAUCGCGUCUGCCUGGGCUCAGGAAAAUAUGCUUGGAGAGAUAUACUGCCAGGUAAGACAUUGGACUGAGGGAAAAAUCUCAUCGACAUUUACCGAAACACGGAAACGUAUCGACAAAAAUGCUGAUUUACUGAUGCGCCAUGCUAAUAUAUGUACAGUUUCAUUUUUUUGUCAGAUUGUAGGUUUCCUGUCGUGUGUCGGAUGCAUAUCAACUGUUGUCACGUUGGCACUGUGUAUCCUCAAGAUCCAUCGCAAGCUGAGCGACGACGACAUGGAACUUGAAAUGGCUUUUGCCGAGCGGGACACCUGGGAACGUCACAAGAUUAUCAAGACGUUGACGGGCACUUGGUUGUACGGGAUUGCUAUAAUGUUCCCUCCCCUAGUAGGCUGGGGUUCAUUCAAUUUUGAAUCAGGUGACACAGUCUGUGCUCCAAAUUGGCGCGAAGAAAACCCCGCCGGACGCAUAUAUUCCGUGCUGCUGGUCAUUUUUGCCUUCGUAAUUCCCCUGGGAUUUUCCGUAGCUUACUUCGUCAAAAUGUACCAGAGGUCAUCGUAUGUACCAGACGUCAACGCGACAGCGUCAAGGGACCGUAAAAGGGCAAAGAAGGCGGUUAUCAUGAUAUUAAUCGGUGUAAUAAUCUUCGUUGUCGGUUGGACGCCAUAUUAUGCAUGUGCCAUGAUGUCCGUGUUCGGUGGCCCGGAGAUGUUCGAUCCGGCGACAUCAUUCAUUCCUGGAAUAAUCGCCAAGGCUAGCGCCGUCUUCAACCCGCUUAUCUGCCUGCUUGUGAGCAAACGGUGAGGAGAAUUUAGAAAAUGUCGGAGUAAAUAUGACAUAUAUCAUGACCUGUAACGUACCGAAAUAAUGCGCUUCCGAGUCAGCUGACAACCGGGGUGCCUAAAUUGACUCAUAACGGUGUUUACUUUUGAAAAUGAUGUAUUAAUUGAACGGAAUUGAACGCCGAUUAAACUAAAAGCAAAACCUUUUGCGGCCCAAAUCAGUACUAACGUAGUAGUCUACCUUAAAAAACUAACAAACUCCACAACUUCCAAUCCAACACUAACCGAUACCCUAAAAGUAUUCUUGCGUCUGUGCGUUGGCCUUUGGCUCUUAUUUGGAAACUUAGCCAAUGACGACGGCGACGCCAAGAACUUAGCCUAAUAAAAAAUACAUUAAUAUUUUGCCUUUGGAUUUCGCAGUUAUUUAGAUCUCUUAAAGACGCCGAUCGGUCUA